GAAUCCCAGAACAAGAAGCCAAAAAGGUGACAACAAAGCCACGAUCGCAUUACUGGAAAAAGAAACAACCUUUUUGCUCCAUUCUUCUUCUUUUUGCGUACAAAUCAAAAAAGACUCUCUCUAGACUCUCUCUUUUUUUGUGUACGAACCAGGAGGAAUAAGAAAGAAAGAAAGAUACUACCUUUCUCUGCUUUUGGGUCCCUCAAAGUACGAUGGCCACGGGAGAUCGAAAGAAAAUCAUCAUCGAUACUGAUCCUGGAAUCGAUGAUGCAAUGGCGAUAUUCGUGGCUUUAAAAUCACCAGAAGUUGAUGUGAUUGGUCUCACUACUAUCUAUGGCAACGUUUACACCACUCUCGCCACUCGAAACGCCUUGCAUUUGUUGGAGGUUGCUGGUCGGACUGAUAUUCCUGUGGCUGAAGGAACACAUAAAACCAUCCUGAAUGGCACAAAACUUCGAGUCGCUGACUUCGUUCAUGGGAAAGAUGGGCUUGGCAACCAAAACUUCCCACCACCUAACGGAAAGCCCAUUGAGCAAUCUGCACCUGAGUUCAUUGUUGAACAAGCUAAGCUUCACCCUGGUGAAAUCACUGUUGUUGCUUUGGGAGCUAUGACAAACAUCGCACUGGCUGUUCAGCUUGAUCCUGAGUUCUCAAAAAAUGUCGGACAAAUUGUUCUUCUUGGUGGAUCAUUUGCCGUCAACGGAAAUGUAAAUCCAGCAUCUGAAGCUAAUAUUUUUGGAGAUCCAGAAGCUGCAGAUAUUGUCUUCACAUGUGGGGCUGAUAUAAUUGCUGUGGGGCUCAACGUGACUCAUCAAGUUGUUAUGACAGCUGAUGACAUGGACGAACUGGCAUCAUCAAACGGGAAAUUAGCUCAAUACCUCUGUAAAAUCCUUGGUUUAUACUAUUCUUACCAUCUUGAUGCUUAUGAGAUCAAAGGUGUUUAUCUUCAUGAUCCUACAACGAUCAUUGCAGCUUUCCUUCCUUCGUUGUUCACUUAUACUGAAGGAGUUGUUAGAGUGCAAACAGACGGCAUCACUAGAGGACUCACUUUACUGUACAACAAUCAAAAGAGAUUUGAGGAAGAGACCGAGUGGUCAGACAAACCAUCUGUAAAAGUGGCAGUGACUGUCGAUGCUCCUGCGGUCUUGAAGCUCAUAAUGGAUAGGCUUAUGGAGUCUUGAUCAUGCUACUCUUUUGAUGUUUUCUCUUCUUGUGAGCCAUCUCUUUUGCUUGUAACACAGAGAAAUAAAAGGCUCUUCUUGCCACAUUUUCAAGACUCAAAAUUCAUUUGGGUGCUUUUUUAUAUCUUUUAUUGUAUUAACUGAAAAUCAUUUCAUAUACGAAUAAUAAAAUUCUGUUUCUCUUU